CCCAUUUGCUUCAGUGCAGGAAAGAAGAUGGCUUCUCCUAGUUUAUGUAACUGACCAGUUGUUUCACGGCCAUUUUCCUUCGAACUGUAAUUAGAUUUUUUUUAUUCGAACGUAUACGUUCGGCGGUUGAAAAUGCUGUUUUCAGCUGAACAGAUUACAGCGGUCUUCCCUUUUGUGUAGAAUUUAUGCUUGCGUUCCGAUCGUUAUUUUUUCGUUUCCGUUUUGUGUAGGGCGUUUAACUCCGAGGAAAGCAAUUAUAAUCUUAAAGUGUUUUACCAAGCUGUCACGCUCCUGAAGAGUUGAGCCAAAGUAGUAAGCACACAGAUGACAUAUUGACUACCUAUGGCUAUAAUAAAGAUAUUCUGUUUGAACAAUCUGACAUGUCAGCCGUAGAGGAUUCUGUAAACUCAAACCUUUCUCUAAUCCCAGAGUUGGAACAGAGACAGGAUCUCAUGGAUAUCAGCUGUCAAGCUUCUGAUGAAAGAGAAAAUGACAACCAAGAAGACACUGUCAAACUAAUCAACCCAACAAGCAAGGAGUUUAAAAAGACUUGGGGUUUCCGUAGGACAACUAUUGCAAAGAGAGAGAUGCCUGGAGAAGCAGAGUGUCAGGAUGCACCACUCCGACGAAGUGGUCGACAGUCAAAGCGCACUGACAAGAUGGAAGAAUUUUUGUCAUCCUCUAAACGCAGAAUAAUUGGGAGGAGGAGUGCUCCUGCAAAUCUUGAAGGCUGUGACCCCCAUUCUCAGACUGCUACUGAUGUGGAAACUGCCUCUGAGGCCAGCUUUGAUGGAAGUUCUGAGUUAAAGGCGUCCAGCCAAACUAGUGUAGAAAAUACAAGUGCUAUAGUUAAUUCUAAUAACUCGGUGGUUAGUGGAAAACUGGAAAACAGUGCUGCUGCUACCAGAGAUACCACAUCAGAUGACGAUGACGACGAUGACGACGACAGUGAUGAAUUAACUCUUAAAGAGUUACAGAACCAGCUACGGAAGAAACGGGCAGAAGGAGUUGUUCAGGCAGAUAGUUCUGAAAAAUCUCAAGUUGAGACAGAAAUUGGAAAGGUGCCUGAAAGUCCCAAAGAGUCAAUGCAGAGUAAAGAAGUGAAGCUUAAGACAACAGCAAAAGCCAGUAAAGAUACUGGCCUACUGGGGCCUUUAUCAAGCAAAGCAGAAUCAGAAGGCUAUGAUCCCAAUGCUCUGUAUUGCAUCUGUCGGCAGAAACACAACAACAGGGUGAAGACAGGACAGGAAGAGAGGCACUUGUUUUACAGAUUUAUGAUUUGUUGUGAUCGAUGUGAAGAAUGGUUUCAUGGAAACUGUGUGGGAAUCACCGAAGCCCGAGGACGCUUAUUGGAGAGAAAUGGUGAAGAUUAUAUUUGUCCAAACUGCACACGUCAAACUCAGAAUAGUGACUCUCCUGUUACAGCUGAGCAGAGUUUGGAUGCCCGAUCUUUAGAAGAAUCCAUGCACCAAUCAGAAACUGUGUCUGAUGGAGUUGGUGCCAGUGAAGACCAGGGCAUUAAAGGAAGAAUAGAAAAGGCUGCAAAUCCUAGUUCCAAGAAAAAAAUCAAAAUAUUCCAGCCGGUUCUCGAGAGUGGCCUACCAAUGUGCAUUGGCCCAGGGUGCACUAAUCAAGCCUUGCCAGACUCUGUGUACUGUGGUCCUGGUUGCAUUCUUGGACAUGCUGCUGCUGCAAUGAAGUCAUUAGAAGUAAAACAACCAAAGCCCAAAGAGAGGUCUAAGCAAAAAGUUAUUAAAAAAACCCCACCAAAAUCAUUACCCAAGACACAGAAAAAAAACGUGCCAGAGAAGAAGCCUGUCAAACGGCUUCUUGUGAUGGUGAAUAAACCAGCAGGAGCCUCUGAAUCUUCCAGCAACCAGCCAACAGAAGAGUGUCCUGUGCCAUCCUGGUCCAGUGAUCAUAAUUACAAUGCAGUAAAGCCAGAAAAGACUGCUGCCAUUGCUUCAUCUGUGUUUUACAAACCGUCUUCAAAGGAGAAGGAAGGAAAUGAUGCUAAAGUGGAAUCAGCAGUGGAAAAAACACUACCCCUGCCUCCAGCAGCAGUAUCUUCAAAAGCAAAUACCACUACUCUGACUUCUCCUAAAACAAAGAAGCUCCCUUCUCCUCCAUCAAAUAUAGUACCUCCCAAGAAAAACCCUGUGACUUCAAAUAAUGCAAAUAGUCCUAGACGUCCACCUUCAGACCUUGGGCCUGGUCUGUCCUCUGCCACUCAUCAUGCUUCUGGGGCGCUCAGAGUUAUGAAGACUUCAUUUACAAUACCCAAAAAACAGCCAGCCGCCUCUGCUGGUGCUCCUGCAAUAAAGCCUGCUGCAGGAUCCCCUGCACCACCAGCUAAUUCACCCAUACCCAAACCUACGACACCUGUUGCUCCCCAGCCUCAGCCCAACAAUCAAAUCAGACAGAAUAUACGACGCUCCUUGACUGAGAUACUUUAUAAAAGGGUUAGUGACAGUGAUGAUUUGAAUAUAUCGGAGUCUGAAGUUAGCAAGAUUUCUUUUGGAAUUGAGAGAGAAAUGUUUGGUCUGUGUCAGGCUACUGACAGCAAAUACAAGAACAAAUAUCGAAGUAUUAUGUUUAAUCUGAAGGAUCCUAAAAACAAGGGACUUUUUUAUCGUGUAAUCAAAGGUGAGAUCUCUCCAUUUAAACUGGUGAGGUUAAGUCCAGAGGAGCUCCUUUCCAAAGAGAUGUCAGAAUGGAAAGAUAAAGAAACUACAGAGGUUCUUGAAUCAAGUCAGAAAUCUCAUCGAGAGCCACACAAAUUUGGCUUGAAACAAGAAGUUGUACCCACUGUAGAUAUGGAGGAAUCUCCACCCAUGUCUGAUACAGAUGAACAAGAGGAUCCACGUCCUGUUCAACCUGCAAGCAGUGUUACUGUGCCUGAUAUCUUUAGCACUAUGUUAAAGGACACCACAGGUGAACACAGAGCUCAUCUCUUUGACCUCAACUGCAAGAUAUGCACAGGACAAAUGCCUGCUGAAGAAGACCCUGUACCAAAGAAGCCAAAGCUUACUGCACCUUUGGUUUCUAAAAAGCCAGACUCUAAAAUAAAGCAAGAAACCAGUUCAGUUAAAGCUGAAAAUGCAGCCGUUGCUCAGUUAUCUAAUAAUGGGGCUCAACAAAAUGCCACGACUGCUAAAACUCUAGAAGCUCGGCCGGGCUCAAACUCAAAUCUUGAGUCACAAACUAACACUACAGAAUCACCUGCAUCUCCUGAAGCUUCUAACAUUUCUGCUUCCAACGCACCCCCUCUUUUUCCAGCUGUUACGUCAUCUUCCAGCAUUUCUCGGAGAGAUCCUAGGACGGCAGGCACACGGCCUAAUGUUACUGUAACUCCAUCACAAUCAUCAUCAUUCCCAGUCACACUGCUGCCCAGCAGUCCAAAUCCCAUUACCACUCCUGCAAAAGAUGCAGAUAAUGAAGCAGAAAAAUCAGUAAUGCCACUUUCUGUUCCAAAGUCAAUACUGAUGAAACCAGCAUCUUCUCCAGACACCAGAUACUUUUCUUCAGUUUCCUCCAGUGUCAGCACUGCAGAAUCACGUUCUCCACCAGAAGGAGAAACAUCAGCAUUUCUUUCGAAGCAAGAGAUCCUGUGGAAAGGUUUUAUCAACAUGCACAGUGUGGCCAAAUUUGUUACAAAGGCUUAUCUAGUUUCUGGCUCCAUCGACUACCUUGCAGAGGAUUUACCUGAUACCAUUCAUAUUGGUGGUCGAAUUUCCCCACACACAGUCUGGGAUUAUAUUGGAAAGCUAAAAUCUUCAUUGACCAAGGAACUAUGCCUAAUCCGUUUCCAUCCAGCAACAGAAGAGGAGGAGGUCGCCUAUAUCUCUCUAUUCUCUUAUUUCAGCAGCCGGGGCCGAUUUGGUGUGGUAGCCAAUAAUAAUAGAAGAAUUAAAGAUCUUUACCUCAUUCCACUGAGCGCCAAGGACUCUGUUCCAUCUAAACUAUUGCCAUUUGAAGGGCCAGGUUUGGAAUCAUCUCGUCCAAAUCUUCUUCUUGGUUUAGUAAUUUGCCAGAAGCUAAAACGGCCUGGAGCCCAGUCAGAUGCUGAAAAAGUCAGUGAUGAAAAGAAGUCCAAAAUUCAGAUACGAGAUGAAGAUGAUUCUUUUGCUGGAAAAUCUCCUAGUCUUCAGAAACCUGAAAUUAAACAAGAGAAGCCUACUUUUUAUAGUUCUGAAAUUUCAGUCAGUACUACACCUCCUGGGUCUCCACCCCUUACAACCUCAUCAGAUCCAUCCUCUAACACCUCUUCUACUGCCUCCUCUGUAUUACCUGUGUCAUCUACUAAAGUCACCACCACUACUGCUAGCGUAGUUUCAGGAGCAGAAACAACACCUUCUGUUCCCCCUGCCAGUAACACUGUAAGUUCAACUCCUUUACAGCAUAUUUUAAACACAUUAUUCGGCAAAAAGAAGCCUACUGAAUGUGCUGAAACUAACCAGUUUUUACCACAGCAAAGCAUUUCUGAACAUACGGUGGUGUCCACAUCUGCUCCUUUGCUUGACCCAAUUGUCCAACAGUUUGGCCAAAUUUCCAAAAAUAAAACAUUAGAAGAUGAUGAGUAUGAUCGACCGUAUGAUCCAGAGGAGGAGUAUGAUCCAGGAAAAAUAUAUGGAGUAGACAAUCCACCUCACGUUAACAAACUUUCAGAAGCAGAGAACGUGAGUAAAGCUCCCGUUGUAGAAGAAGAGGCUUAUGAUCCCGAGGAUGAAACCAUCUUUGAGGAAGCUAAAGUUGUUAUCAGCGAUUUCCCAAGUUUACCUGUGGAUAUAAAGAACAGAGAAGCACCCAGUAAUUAUAUAUCCCAAGAAAGUCAAGGCUCAUCAAUAACAGAGCAGCAAAAAAUGUUAGAUGAGUUAAAUAAACAGAUUGAAGAACAACAGCGACAAGUAGAGGAACAGGAAGAAGCCUUGAGACAACAGAGGGCAGCUGUUGGAAUAUCCAUGGCUCACUUUUCUGUUUCAGCUGCUUUGAUGUCUCCUCCUCCUAAAUCCUCUGCUCCAGACAGCACCUUACUUCAGAUUGGUAAAAAGGUGGAAGAAAUGGUUAAAAAAUCUUUACCUCCCCUGCUAAUAAAUCAAAGACGAGACCCAAGACAGAGCAGGGAUCCCAGACAAGCACCCUCCCGGCGUCUCACAGAUGAUACUGAAGUAGUAGUUAAGCCUGAAAAUGUUGACAGUGUAGCUGGUUCUCAUCCAGCAGAGGCUAAUCAUAGUGUUAUAAAUGCUGAGCCUGAAGGUGCAGAAGUAGCUAUUCCUCUACUUGGAGAAGUAGUUGAUCCAUAUUUAAGUUCUUCUGAAAAUGCAGAGUUCAUGCAGCCUGGUAGUGUAUUUGGGCAUUCUGAGCAGGUGACAGUUUCAGAAACAUUAAAUAGCACUGUGAUGCCUUGGCCUGAUUCUUCCAGUAGUUUAAAUUCUGAAGAUGUUGCUGGUGAUCCACAUCGGUUUCCACGAAAGGUGCUGCUGCCAACUCCAUCUCAGCCACCUUGUUUUCCUCAGUCAAAUGAUAGCAUACCUUCUGUUUCAUCCUCACAACCUGACCAUUCACAGGAACUUCCACAGGGGGUAAGCUUUCUGCAAAAUGACCAUGGCACUAGCAUGCCUCAAAUGGGAAUAAUGAACUCUGAGUUUAUGAGCCCACAAGAAGCAUUGCCAGCCCCAUUUCAACCUCAGCCUCUUGUUCCACAAUACGAGGGUGAAACCGACCAGUUCAGAGAGCAGCGACCUCCAUAUCCGACAUUUCAAGAACACUGGGAAGGCUCACCACAUCAUCUGGAAGGUCCAAGAGGACCUACUAUUGCAAAUAUGAUGGGACAAAGAGGACCAGUUCCAUUUCAGCCAGUGGCUCACAGAGGUCCUCCACCUCAACGGUUUCCAGGACCACCCAUUCAAAAUAUGGCACAAAUAGGCCCAGUUCCGGGACAGAUUUUAGAAGCUCAUGGGAAUCUACCACAUUCAUUCGAUGGACAAAAUGAACCUUUGCAGCCAAGGUUUGUUGGUCCUACAGAUGAUGUUGCUGUACAUUUUCAUGGACAAAGAACUCCACAUCCAUCUUUCAGAGGUCCAGUACCUGGGCCAUUUGAUAAUAGAGGUCCCCACCCUUCUCAGUUUCAGGGGUCACGAGGACCUGCACCUCAUCAAUUUUCAGAUCAUGGUCCUAUGCUCCCCCUUGCUGAACCUCAGAGAAUUCCUGAGGAAAUGCAAUAUGGGAAUAACAGUAGUUCAUUUCAGCCAAUAAUGGAACAUCACAGAAGUGGUGCACCACCAGUACCCCAUAUGUUUAGGGAAAAUCGAACAUCAUCUCCCUCUCCAUUAAUGGGUCAAAGAGUACAUCCUUCAAACCAGUUUGAUGGCCCUAGAGGCCCACCACUCUCACCUCAGUUUGAAGGGCCAAGAAAUAUACACCCACCAGCAGGAGGGGACAUUACUGGGCCAAGAUAUCCUUCACCAAACCAGUUUUCAGGCCCACGAGGUCCACCGCCACACCUUCAUCCAGGUCAGAGAGUUCCAUCUCCACAGCCCAGGGUCCCGCUUGUUCAGCAUUUUGAUGAACACCGGGGACUACAUCCUGCGCAUUUUGCAGGUCCACGGGGCCCAGGCUCAUCUCAGUUUAGUGGCCCACGAGCUCAUGGGCCUUCUCAAUUCCCUGAUAAUGCUGGACACCCACGGUUCCCAUUUGAAGGUCCAACACAUCCAACAGAUGGUAGACCAGCUAGGCAUCCCCGGCCUUUGCUUCCAAAUCCUCCAGAAAAGGUGCAGGAAGGCUGGAAUAAAGGCCGUGGACAAAGUCGCUUUGGACGUGGGCCUGAACCAGAACAACUUGAGCACUGGCAACCUGCUGAAGCAAGAGGCAAAGGAAGAGGAAGAAUUAUAAAUGAUUCAGAUUCACGUAACAAUCCUGAGAGACAAAGGGAAAGACUUGAAGGACCUGGUCGUCAUUCAGAGGAAAGACAAAAUAGAUUAUCAGAGGAAAAGAGAAGAGAACGGGAUGGUGCACGGGGUAGAUCUAGGGACAAGAAUCUUGGUAAACCUUGGAACAGAGAAAGAGAUUGGGAAAGAAACCGAGACAGAGAUUCAGAUCGAAGCCGAGGCAGAGACUGGGAAAGGCACAAAGAUCAGCCUGCAGAUAGAGAGGGAGAUAGAAAUAGAGACGAUCAGACUCGUGACAGGGGUAGAGACAGGGAUAGACAAAGGAACAGGGAUAGAGAUAGGGAUCAAGAGAAAGACUCUUACAGAAGGCGAGACCGUGACCGAUCAAGGAGCAGGGAUCGGGAUCGUGGAAGGGAUAGGGACAGAGACAGAGAUCGUGAUCAUGACCGAAGCAGAAACAGGGAUAGGGAAAGAGAUCGAGACAGGGAAAGGGAAAGAGACAGGGGGCGAGAUAAAGAAAGAAAAGAACGGAGUAGAAGCAAAGAUAAAGUAAAAGAUGUAAAACCAGAAGCACCAAAAGAAGGUGAAAAGCCUCCAACAGAAGCAGAGACUAAAACUCCAACCACAUAACUGCCAUAAAAGAUCAUUGCUGGGUAUAUUGCACUAACUUGGAAUUCUUCUAGAACCAUCAAUAAAUCAAACACCUGAUUGUAUAAAAGGACUUUUUUUUAAUUCCCAAGUACAAAAAUGACACUUUCAGGGUAGUCUAUUUUUGAUGACAUUCAGUUGCAUCCAGAAAUCUACAGUUAUGUUUUUAAUAUCGCUGGAUUUUAAUUCAGAAUACCAGUCAUUGUUUUUGAUUUACUUUUAUUACAAGUCCUUUUUCAAAGUUUGUAUUUUUUAAUAGAAUUUGAAGUAUUUAAUACAGAGGAUAGUUUUGGUUCAGAUUUGGCAAAAGCAUGUGUGCUGCACCACAGAAGAGUACAUUUGUAUUUACAUAGACUUUAUACAUACAUGCUUACUCUGUUAUCAACUGUUUGUAACUGAAGGGGAGGAAAUUGUGAUUCUAAAAGAACAUCUUUGUGUAAAGAAAAAAAAAUGUAAUAUACAGUAUAUAUAUGUAUAUAUGUGUGAAUUUUAUACGGUUGAAUUUUUUUCAAAUUUGAAGGUCCUUAUUCAUAAGCCAUAUAGCAAUGAGCAGUUUCCAAGCUCACUUUGGUCAAAAUGUUUGGUCCCCUAAUUAAGCACUGUAUCAGCUGUAAAGUAUAUCCUUUGCUUUUUAAAUGCCCAUUACACAGUGAAAACAUGCAGGUGUGUAAUAUGCAUUUUGUUUCACAAAGACAUUUUGUCAGUUUGCUUAAAAAUUAAAACAUUUGUCAAAGUUGUGUUUCAAAGCAUGGGUUGGUCGGCAUCAUAACAGAUUAAAGAAUUGUAUAAAAAAGGCAAGUCUGUAAAUGUCUGCACAAAAAUAGUGCAUAUAUAUAUUUUUUUAGGGGGUGGGGAGUGGUGCCGCUCAAACCAGUAAUAAAUGUGUAACCUCUGGUCCCUGAUGUACAUUGCAAAUAAUAAAAAAUAACAGUAACA